AUGAAUCCAACAAGCAACACUCGAAGCACUCAAAUUUUAACUGAAAAAAUCGAACUUGAUAAUAAUUUAGAUCCACAUAUUUUAAUUAAAGAACAAAUUUCUCGAAAGUUUAAAGAUACGAAAGUAUAUGCGGUCUCAGUUGAUUACGAUAACACUACAGAUUCUAAGAAAACAGUUCUUGAAAACCCAUUUUGUUCCAAUGGCUUUGCAGCAGCUAUUAUUCAUGCCUAUAAUCAUCAUAAACAUUUGCGUUUAAGCCCCGAUGAUGUUUGGCUUACGAUUUCUCAAGGAGUUAGUCGGCAUAUUAAUUAUAAUGCAGAGAAAUUCCGUAACAGAUUCGUUCAACAUGAGGGGAAAAAAGAAAUUAGAAUUGGCGUUCAAGAUAUAUUAAAUGGAAGUACACUUGAAGGUAAUUGGCCAGAAGCUGUAAAUAGACUUGUCAUAAAAACAGAUAAAAAUGUGGAAAAAAUUGAUCUAAAAGAAUUAUUAGAAUGUGACUUUUCGACAACAACUUUAAGCUCUUUAACAGCAAGCCGUAUUGUAUUAUUAGAUAUGGUUAAGGCCUAUUUUAAGUACAUUUGUUGUUUCGAGUGUGGAAUUCCAAAAGUUACACUUGAAGGAACGCUUGAAGACUGGAUGAAGCUUCAAGAAAAAGUUACGCAAUUAAGAAAUUUAAACUUAGAAUUAGAUUUUUGGUUAGAUCGCCUUGAGCCUGUAGUUUGUAAUUUAGUAGCAACUUAUCGUGGAGAGAUUAAUGAAGACUUUUGGAGUAGGAUUAUAAAGAUAAAUACACCAUUCGGUUCAGGAAGAACGGAACCUUAUAUUACUGGAUGGUUGGCGAGUUUCUUUCCUUAUGAUUCUUCUGGAACACCUUUAAAUUCUGAGCAUUUAGAAGUUACAUACAUUCCAGAUGGUUUUGUUGGAGUUCCAUUUGAAACUGACAUUGGACAUAAAUUAAAGUUUGUAGCUGGAUUUAUUGGCGCUAAUCAAGAGAUUCUUGAAGAUUUUGAUGGUGAAUCAGUUGUUUCUCCUGUAAUCGGAUGGACUGUUAUCAAUGAUGUUGAUGUAAACGUUUCUUCUGAUGAUAAACAAGAUUUCAAAUUUUAA